AUGGUUCCUACUGGUUUCAGAUUCUGUCCCACGGACGAAGAGGUCAUCGAAAUCCUGCACCACAAAGUGUCGGGAAACACUGCCACGACAUCGUUCGAUUUCAUCGUUGAAAGAAAUCUAUACGAUUUCGACCCGAAAGAUCUCGACUGGAGUGAGAUUAGUGUGCGAUUGAACAAGAAUGAGAGGUAUUAUUAUUGCAAAAGGGAGAGUGAUUCGAGGGAAGUGAUGGGUCGAGGAUGGUGGAAAGCAACGAGUCAUGUAAAGGCGAUUUCAUCGACUAAUGGGGAACUGAUGGGUUAUAAAAGGCCUUUAACUUUCCAUAGGUUUAAGGAUGAUUACCAGAGAAAUCGAAAAGCCGCCAUUAAAACGGAUUGGAUCAUGCACGAAUACGGCCUUCAAUCUAUUCCAUCGGAUUGGAGAUUGUGUAAGAUUAAGUACAAAGGAAAAGACAACCUUAAAGAAGUCAUGACAUCAAUGGAGAACACAUGCAGAAACAAUACAACUCCUCCAUUAUCAAGUUUUGAAGCCGAAGAUGGCGGCGGCGGCAGCAGCAGCUCCAUUUCCACGAACAUAACUCCCAUGCAGCCGAAGUUUGGUUUCGAACAGCCACCGCCAUUAAUGCAGCUGCCAUUACCUGUAAACGAGAACCUUAAUCACGACAAUUAUUGUUGGGCGAACUCGAACAUGAUGUUUAAUGAUGAUGAUGAUUAUGUUUUUGCUGAUCAACUCUACACUCUACCAGAGCAACCAUUUUGGACCUUUGAUCAUGGAAUAGUUGAUAUGCCCCCUUUUAUGUACUUGUAAUAAUCAUCGACGCUAGGGUUUCCUGUUGGGAAAUCUUAUCAGU